AUGGCGACGCCUCGCCGUUCUGUUGGCUUUCCUCACGCAAGGAAUCUCUCUGGCUCUGAUACGGAUAUCGACUCCGACUCUGCCGGGGCAACCGACUUCGGUUCUGACAUUGACGGCAGUCAGCCGUCUUCCGAGAUCGACUCCACCCCUCUGCCUCAAACUCCUCCUCAGAUCAACCGUCCUAUCAAGGUCGCCUCUGACUGGUCUCCGGCCAGCCCGGUCAGCGUGCAAUCGUUCGAUAACAAGGCGCAUCGCCUCACUCGACCUCUCGGUGCGGAAAGCUCUCAGCGGACCAUCGUCUCGGAACCGUUACCGUCGGAGUUCUGGGCCAUUUUGAAGAAGUUUGAAGUGAAUCCGGUGGAUCACGAUUUCAUGGUGUACGUAUUCGAGGAGAUAUGGAGCUUGCGGGAAAUUUGGGAGCUCUCCAACCCCGAUCACUUCGUGCAGAAGGACAUACCCCACAUUGAGGAACGUCGCUGCUGGGUGCUGCAGGACAUACUGUCCAAACUCUGGCAGCUGAACCCCGCUUAUCCUGACGCGUCGGACGAUGAAGACGCAUCAAUGCUCCACGCUAAUUUGGAUGACGACGACGACGUUUCAAUGCACCACACUGAUUCGGACGAUGAUUCCUACCAACCUCGGCUCAGCAUGUGGUUAGCUUUCCUUCAACGCGUGCGCGUUGACUUCUGGCCGGAGUCUCGGAAAGCAGUGGUUCUGGACCCACCGUUCAUGGGACUUCCUCCAUCGCCAUGGCCCAGCGUUUCGCGAGUCUCCUCAAUAGGAUUCCGCAUGAGGGGCGGGGUGGUUAGGACUAUCAGGAAGAAGGAUGAACUCGGAACUGAGUUCUUCUUUUGCAUGGGGGUGCAGUCAGUGGGGGAGCUCCAGUACGAGAUGAAGAAGAUGGCCGGGGCUUUGGACCUCAUGUCCACCCUUCAAGGCUUCGUUAUCGCGCUGGUUGUCCCAACCAGCACGGGUACCGGGUAUCACUCGCCCCUCCUAGCUCUGGAAGAGGAUAUGCCCGCCUUACAGGCAUGCCUCAUUUCGUACGAGCGGGCUGAGUUCGGCGACUUCCGCACAUGUGUGGAGGAGGCGCGAGGCUUAGAGGACUGGGAGAAGGAGACAUCGCACUUCUUGAGGCUCCUUGCCUGGCAGCCUCACCUUCCUGCGUCGCAGCUGCAAACCAGCCCAGUGGAUGGGGCGCGGAUCCUCAAGGAUCGGUUAUAUUCCAUCAUACACUCAUACAGCUAUGCUCAUCUGGGCAUCACGCCUCUUGAUCGCGCCCUCAAGCGCGCCAUCCCCACGGAGCCCCAGUGGAAGGAGCGGGUGGACCUCCUCGCCCACGAAUGCCUCAAUGACAUCAUCUUCUUCCUCGACCAGUCCGUCGGGCAUGUAGCGCAUGAGUUCGUCGGCGGACUCAGAGGUUUCGAGCGGGGAGCCCUGCUGGAGACGACCCCCGUCUGGUCUCGUAGAUGA